UAUCCUUAAAACCACUGUUCGGAUGGAUACAAGAUUAGAAACUGUGAAUGUUAAGGGUUGGUUUGGUCACUUUGAUCUCCCCAAGCCACUUUGUGUUUGGUCACUUUGGUCUCUCUGUGUUCGUCUCAUCUCUGGCCCAAAGUAAUCGAGGAAAAAGAUAAAAAAGGAAAAGCUUUUUUCAUAGCUGUGCUUCUUGUUGAAGUCACUGCUGCUUCUAUGAGAUGUCUGAUUCAGCUAUUUUUCGCUCUGCAAGAAUUCAACAGAGGAGUUACUACUGACGUGUCUGUGUGUAUUCAUAUGAUUUUCCAUAGCUUCACUCUCUGCAUCUGCUUUCUUUAAUUUUUUUUUUGAAUUUCAAGUCAAAUGUUCUCUCUCGAUUCCCAUUUUUGGAUUUCCUUUUAUCUUUUUAAAGAGCCAUAAAGGACAGACAACCGAGUCGAUGAUGUGAUUUCUCUAAUAAAAAAUGUUUCUGGGUUUUGUUUAAUUUAUGAUAGAAAUACUGGGUUUGGUUUCUUCUGUGGUUUCCUUUGAUAUGGAUUCCAUGCAUCUGGCUGCUCUUCUCUGAAUUUGAGGUUGGGUUUGUACUGUCCUUUAAUGGACUGAACCUGCUUCAGAAGAGAAUCUGUAUACACCUGGGUUUAGCGGCAACUUUGAUCCUUGUGUGCGUAGAAGAUUUUUUAGUUAUGAUCAAACAAAUACUUGGUAGGCUUCCGAAGAAGCCUUCGAAGUCAUCUGAGAAUCGCGAAUUUGGGGGUCCAUCUGUUGCCCCUUCAAGUACUUCAUCUGCUUCUAAAAGCACUAGUGAUUUCCAGAGCAACAGGCCUGGAACUUUAAACAAUUCGUCUCCUCCUGGUCCUGAUUCUGCUCCGCAUUUAGGUUAUAGUCAUGGAAUGAAGCCUACCCAGGUUGUGAAUCCGAAGCUGAAUGGCAGUUCAGUGCCUGCUCCGUAUGAAGCAUUGCCUGGAUUUAGGGAUGUCCCAAACUCUGAGAAGCAAAACUUGUUUAUUAGAAAGCUCAACUUGUGUUGUGUGGUGUUCGACUUCACUGACCCUACUAAGAAUUUGAAAGAAAAGGACAUCAAGCGCCAGACUCUGCUUGAGCUUGUGGAUUAUGUUACUUCUGCAAAUGGGAAGUUCACGGAAACUGUCAUGCAAGAAGUUAUAAAGAUGGUAUCAGUUAAUUUGUUUAGGCCGCUUACUCCACACCCUCGGGAGAAUAAGUUAUCAGAGGCCUUUGAUUUAGAAGAAGAGGAGCCCAUGAUGGACCCGGCAUGGCCACACCUACAGAUCGUGUAUGAAUUCUUUCUUAGAUUUGUAGCAUCACCCGAGACAGAUGCAAAGUUGGCUAAGAGGUAUGUUGAUCACGCAUUUGUUCUCAAGUUGUUAGAUCUCUUUGAUUCUGAGGAUCCAAGGGAGAGAGAGUAUCUGAAGACAAUUCUACAUCGUAUCUAUGGAAAAUUUAUGGUGCAUCGCCCAUUCAUCAGGAAGGCUAUCAAUAAUAUCUUCUUCCGUUUUAUUUUUGAGACAGAGAAGCAUAAUGGGAUUGCUGAGCUUUUAGAGGUUUUGGGUAGCAUAAUCAAUGGGUUUGCUUUGCCGCUAAAAGAAGAACACAAAUUGUUCCUUGUUCGGGCAUUGAUCCCUCUUCACAAGCCAAGGUGUUUACCAAUGUACCACCAGCAAUUAUCAUACUCCAUUACACAGUUCGUGGAGAAAGACUGCAAGCUUACUGAUACUGUUAUAAGGGGUUUAUUAAAAUACUGGCCAAUUACUAAUAGUUCCAAGGAGGUCAUGUUCCUAAGUGAGCUGGAGGAAGUCUUAGAAGCAACUCAGCCUGCAGAAUUUCAAAGAUGUAUGGUACCCCUGUUUCGUCAAGUAGCUCAUUGCUUGAGCAGUUCACACUUCCAGGUGGCCGAAAGGGCUUUGUACUUGUGGAACAAUGAUCAUAUCGAGAACUUAAUUAGACAGAACAGCAAAGCUAUACUCCCCAUUAUCUUCCCUGCCCUGGAGAAAAAUGGACGUAACCACUGGAAUCAGGUGGUGCAGAGCUUAACAGUUAAUGUUCGCAAGAUUUUUGCUGAUACUGACCCCGAGCUGUUCGAGGAGUGCUUGCGCCAGUUUCAAGAAAAAGAAGCAAAGGCUGAGGAGUUCAAAACAAAACAAGAAGCCACCUGGAAGCGCUUAGAAGAGAUUGCCGCAACUAAAGCUGCGAGCAGUGAAGCAGUCCUUGUUCCCCAUGCUAUACCCACCUUAACAUCGUCCAGCUAGAUAUCAAUCCAUAUGUAUAAAUUAUUCAAAUUCCAUUGAUUGGUCUGGGAGCAGCAAGAUGGUCAUUAUGCUCAAGAGUUUGGUAUUCUCACGGAUCCAAGCCCGAUUUCUUUGUUGCCCCACCAAUUUUUUAUCUGGUUGCCAGCGUCAAGGUGUUCAGGUGGUGACAUCUUUGUGCAGCAAUGUAGCUGGCAAUUCUGCCAUUUGCACGGGGACUGUAUUCUGGGUCAGACCAAGGAGUUAGUAGCUGGACUCACGUUGAUGAUGAAGGGAGGAUAAAACUAGUAAUUUUGUUAGUUUUCGCUGUAACUCAUGAAGGAGCUGCAGAUCACAGGUGAUCUAAGAACUGUCUUGAUUUUAGCCCACGUCUUGUGUAUCUACCAAGUACUUUGAUCUCAUUUCUUAUUUGCAUGUAUCAUAUGUAUUUUAUUGUGUAAAAGUGGAACCUUCUGCGGGUGUGGAUUUUGCUUAA